ACAUAUUAGGUUGGUUACAAAUUGGUUCAACUUAUUCACAUCUGUAAAAUACAGGCCUAGGUGAUAUCUCUGGGAGUGGUUUUGAUGUAUUACAUGUUGCUUUAUUUUUGCAUGGUGAGGUUGACAUUUACAUGGAAUUGCCCAUAAUAUUGGUGAAUAAGGUCUUUAAAAAAAACAAUAGAUAUAACAGUCUUUGUGAGUUGAUUUGCACAUUGCUGCCCUUUUUGCUGCUACGUCCAAUCAUUGCUUUAAUUUUGUAUUACACUACCUAUUUUGCACUACAUUUACCUUUAUUUUGUACUAUACUGGGUGGUUUUUGUUUUUAUUUUGCACUAUAUCCUCCUGGGAACCAAUAAAAAAAUGUCUCUCUCAAUUUCUCUUUUGUUGUGAUUUCCUUACUAGGAAUUUCCCAGCAACCCUCCUAGCCACAUGAUAUAUCAUUGGAAAGCCCAGGGUGUGCUCUUUACAACACACCAGGAUUCAAGUGAAGAGCUUGAAAGAGUAAGAGGGUGUGCACGUAAAACAAAUGUCAACUACAAAGGACACAAGUCUAUGGGUUGGUUCUCAGGAGGAUAUUGCCUUUAUUUUGUAUUAUUUCUUCCGCCUAUUUAUUUAUUUGUAAUUGGCAUUCAUGGUGGACAGCAAACUAAGAAUUUCAGAAUCUCUUUAUUAAUCCCCGGAGGGAAAUUCAAAUUUGCAACCAAGCUCCUGAAUUAAAGAAAUAAACGUGUAAAAAUAGAAGAUAAAAUAGUCUUUUAAAAAUAGAAUAAAUUUAAAUAAGUUCAAUAACUUAAGUAAAAGCAAAAUGGAGUGAUUUUGUAUACAAUGAUUCCUAUAUACAUAUAUUGCACCUGAGGUAAGGAUACAGCAUACAUGGUAAGACAGUGUAUUGUACAGCUUGACAGCAACAGUUGUGGAGCGUAGAAGAAUCAGCCGUUUACUGAACGUGCUCCUGUGGCUGAUCAGCUCCUCAUGUAGAGGGUGGGAAGGACAGUCUAAGAUUGUUUUUAUUUUGGACAGUGUCCUCUUCUCCAACACCACUGUCAGAGAGUCCAGUUCCACGCCUGCAUCAUGGCCGGCCUUCCUGAUGAUCUUAUUGAGUCUUGAAGAGAAUGUGUGGACAUUAUGCGAGUAUGUCCAGGCUCAGGAGAUGUGUCCACUGGAUGAAGUGUAUGCAGUCUUCAUAUCAAAUGAAAAUAAAAUGGUCCCUAUUUGGAAACAGAAAUCUGGCAGAGGGAGUGAUCCUGUGAUAUGGGAUUACCAUGUUGUGUUACUGCACUUCAAUCCCCAAGCACAGAGUUUUGUGUACGAUCUGGACACCACUCUGCCCUUCCCAUGUCCUUCUCACGUGUAUUCAAGGGAAGCAUUUCGAUCUGAUUACCUGCUAAAAGCAGAAUUUCAAAGGAAAAUGCGAGUCAUACCAGCUGUCGCCUACUUAAAGAAGUUUGCUUCAGAUCGAUCUCACAUGAAGCACUCUAACGGGACAUGGCGUAUGCCACCACCACCAUAUCCUUGUAUAGAAACAACAGAGUCCAAAAUGAACCUGGAUGACUUUAUCAGCAUGGAUCCGAAUGUGGGUGUAGGAACAGUUUAUAAGCUUCCUGAAUUUGUGCAACAUUUUGGAGCUAAAUGAUGACUUUUGGAAGCAGUAAGUGAACUGUCUGAAAGUCCUGCUGAAAUGUAGAAGACGAGUUGGGCUUGUCUGGAUACAGGAUAGCAACUAACCAAACAAAUCAAUGGACAAUACAUGAACUUUUCUACUGUGUCUCAAUCCCCGAUGUUCACAAUCUGAAUCAGUUGUUUGUUAUGCAAAUUGUUUCAUUAGAAAAGAAAAAAAAACAACAACCUGAAGCCACUGGAGACUGCUGGGUUGGUUUUUUUUUUUCAUAUCUUAGGAAUUGUUUAGUGUUUUCCUGUAUUCAUCAAUACUGAUUUAUAAUUUUGAGUAAAAUUGCUCUUUAUUUUUAAAUUUUGUGGUUGUUGCAUUGAAAAAGCACUCUGACGUGAAACCAUCUGCUGUGAUGUGGCUAUUGGUGAGUAAACUGCUGCAUACAGGUGUUUGUUAUUAUUAGGCCAUUACAGAGCCGUUCAUCAUCACAACUGCGGUCAUUGUUUUGCGAAUGUGCCGUUGCUUGCUGUAGUUUUUUUUUUUUCUCAAGCAAAUCAGCAAUUUAGAGUGAGUCGUAACAUUUAUUGAUGGUCUCUGUUCUUGUACAAAGGAGAGGAGUAGAUAUACAAAUAAAAGAUCCUGUUAUUCAGAA